AUGCAACUGCGCGCGAAGUGGGGCAUCCACCACGAAGACUUGGAAAGGAUUGUUGAUGGUCAGAUCAGUGCUGGGUCCUUUGGAUCAGUCGCCCGUGGUUUGUGGUUUGGGGCUCCCGUUGCUCUCAAGAGGUUGCACAAGUUCGACUUGGAUCAAUGCCAAGCGCUGCUAGUUGAAACAAAUCUCUGGUAUGGCUUGCGGCAUCCUCAUAUUGCGCGUUUGUUUGGUGCCUGCACGGGCGGAUAUCAGCUGCUCGUUAGCGAGCUAGUGGGGGGAGGGCGCCUAGAUAAGUAUCUUACGACUGGGCUUGGGGUUGAGGCGACGUGGGGACUCUUACAAGACGCCGCCAUUGGGUUACAGGGGCUUCACCUGCACGGCGUCGUGCACGCAGACCUCAAGUGUGACAACAUCUUGGUAUCAGGAGACGGCCGAGCCAAACUGAUCGACUUUGGUCUCAGUUGCUUGCACACGGUCGAUGGAGGGAAAUGCCAGGGCGCCGAGCGGUGGAAAGCGCCCGAGUGUCUGAAGGGCAAAGGCCCCACGUUUGCAUCCGACGUGUUCUCGUUUGGAAUGUGCAUCGUCCAGGCUGUCAGUGGGAAGCUCCCUUGGGGUCUAACUAUGCCAAAUAGCGUGGUGCGGUAUCACGUUGUAAGAGCGCAACUCCCAACGAAGCCGGAUGCACUUACCCCAGUGCAGUGGGAGCUCGUCAAGCGCAUGUGCCGCUUUGAGCCAGACGACCGCCUUGAUCUCGACUUCGUUGUCAAGGUGCUCGGCUACUUCGCCAAGCGAGCUCCAUACGUCGACGACCGAACCGCCCAAGAAAUCCUCGCCACUUGGGAGAGUGAGUCCCAGGCAGCAACACCGUGA